UAUAUAUCCCCUGAUCUUCAUCCACUACAUAAAGCCAACAAGUGAGUACCAGCUGGUGGUAGAAAAAUUGAGGAGAGGUACUACUAAUUAGUACACUCAUCAGCUUGCUUGCUCACACACGAGCUAGAAAGAACAAGAACCAAUUCUGCAUCCCUAAGCUAAGCUUUAGCUAGUAUCCUAAGGCGCCACUAUAUAUAUAUCUAUAUAUAUAUAUAUACAAAAGCGCGAACCAUUCCCGCAGCAAAAAGACCCAAGGCCAGGUGAGCUCUCCCGCCCCGCCCGCCCGCUCGCACGUGUAGCGGACAAACUCGUCGCUCGGUUGAGUUAUUCUCUUCCUCGCGCGCGCGCGCUAGCUGCAAGCCUGCCAUCCCAUGAGCUAGCUCGGCGAAGCCGAAGCGGCCGGCGGCGUGCGAGCGAGCGAGGGCGGGGAGAUCGGCCAUGGACACCAUCAGGUGCUGCAUCGCGUGCAUCCUGCCGUGCGGGGCGCUGGACGUGGUGCGCAUCGUGCACUCCAACGGGCGCGUGGAGGAGAUCAGCGGGCCGGUGCUCGCCGGGGAGAUCAUGAAGGCCUACCCCAAGCACGUCCUCCGGAAGCCGCCGUCCACGUGCCCCGCCGACGGCGGGGGAGGCGGAAUCGUCGUCCAGAAGCCCGUCAUCCUGCCCCCCAAUGCCGAGCUGCAGAAGGGCAAGAUCUACUUCCUCAUGCCGGUGAUGGCCCCACCGGAGAAGGACAAAGAGAAGGAGAAGGCGAAGGCGGCGCAAGCGCAGGCGCCCGCGCCGGUGAGGAGGCGACGGCGGAGGAAAGACACCGGUGAUGAGGCUGGCGGUCUUGCUGCCAGCAACACGGUGGCUGCGUCCACCCGCGGCGGCUCGGAAGGCGAGAAGGAGCGGCUGCUGGCCAACGAGAGGUACCUGUCGGAGAUCAUGAAGGAGAAGGCGUCGACGGCGAGGGACCGGCGGCGCGGGCGCGUGGCCGUGUGGCGGCCUCACCUGGAAAGCAUCACCGAGGAUGACUUGUAAUCAAACGAGGUGUUCGUUUUUUUCUUCUUCUUCUCUAUUUUCUUUUUUACCCUUGGGCUCUUUUUCUUAUUUACUUAGUUUCUUUUGUCAAUUCCUUCUGUUCGCCCUAUGUUUUUUUUUUAAACUUUUGCAACUCUUUCUCCGGUCCCUCUCCUUUAUUAGAGCAUCAUCCUCUCUCCCUGCUCCUUUACAGGGUGAAUGAUGUCGUUGUGAAGAAAAAAAGAUACAAUUUUUUGCUAUGCCCUCUCUCUUUACAGCA